GAGCGUCACUGCAUUAUAUUCCUUACUUCCAGCCAUCAUGCCCCAGCCGACGGAAUUCGAGCUCACCGUCCCUACGGAGGACCCCAAGAAGCCGGAGAAGAAGGACUCGGAGAAGACGGCCUUCGAGGGCCUGUCCAAGCUCGAUGAUUCGAAGGAAUCGGAGGACAUGUCUGAAGAGGAUCUUCAACUGAAGAAUGAGCUGGAGAUGUUGGUGGAAAGGCUGAAGGAACCAAACACUAGCCUGUACAGGCCAGCUCUCGAAACCCUACGCACGCUGAUCAGGACAUCUACAUCCUCGAUGACCUCUGUGCCGAAACCUUUGAAGUUCCUCCGACCCCACUACCCCGAUCUGCAGAAGUUGUAUGAGGCAUGGCCAGCGUCAGAGGACAAGAGCCUCUUCGCCGAUAUCCUGUCCGUGCUCGCCAUGACCUACUCAGACACAGAGCCAAGAGGUACACUCCGCUAUCGCCUGCUGGCAGCAUCCAUGCGCCCUACCGACUCCCCACUCGCCGAUCCCGGAAACUGGGGACACGAAUACGUUCGCCACAUCGCCGCCGAGCUCGGCGAGGAGUACAGCAUCCGCGAGGCGCCCGAAGAGACCGCCGAGAAGAAGCCCGUCGCUCUAGAAGUAGGCAGCAUCGACGACCUGCGCACGCUCGCGAAGCAGUGCGCGGUGUUCCUGCUUGGCCACAAUGCGGAGCCCGACGCGGUCGAUCUCCUGGAGGAGCUCGAGAUUGUCGACGAGCUCGUGGAGCUGGUCGACGAGAACACUUACCAGCGCGUCUGCCAGUAUAUGAUCCGCUGUGUGAACCUGCUUCCUCCGCCGGACGAUGUCGCGUUCCUGCGCACGACGCACUCGAUAUACUCGAGGCAUUCGAAGUUCCCGGACGCGCUUUCCAUCGCGAUACGCCUUGGGGACCGCGAACUCAUUCGCGAAGACUUCAAUGCCCCUGCUAACCCUCUUAUGAAGCGUCAGCUCGCUUUCAUGCUCGCGCGUGCCUCGAUCCCCAUCACCUGGCUACAACCGUCCACUGACGAGGACGGUGACGCCGAUGUUGAAGACGAACUCCCUGACGACCUCAUUGAAUGCCUCAGCAAUACCCGCCUGAGCGCAUCUUUCCGCGACUUCGGGAAGGAGCUCGGCGUGGCGGAGGCAAAGAGCUUAGAGGAUGUUUACAAGACCCACUUGGAAAACACUCGCCCCAACGCACCAUCGGUUGACUCCGCGCGCGCAAAUCUGGCCGGCACCUUUGUCAACGCCUUCGUCAAUGCAGGCUUCGGGAACGACAAGCUCAUGGUCGAGGCCGACGAGGGCAACAGCUGGAUAUACAAGAACAAGGACCACGGCAUGAUGAGCGCUGCCGCAUCCCUGGGUCUCAGUCUCCUCUGGGACACCGACGUCGGCCUCAGCCACGUCGACAAGUACACCUACUCGUCGGAGGAGCACAUCAAGGCCGGCGCGCUCCUCGCCACCGGUAUCCUCCACUCCGGCGUACGCACGGAGGCGGACGCGGCUGCCGCGCUCUUGUCCGACCAGGUGGAGAACAAGUCCGUGCCGCUGAAGACGGCGGCGAUCAUGGGUCUUGCUCUUGCGUACGCGGGCUCGCAGCACCCGGAUCUCUUGUCGGUGUUGCUGCCGCACGUUGCGGAUGACACGGUGACGAUGGAGAUCUCGAGCUUGGCGGCGCUCGCGCUUGGGUUCAUCUAUGUCGGGAGCGAGAAUGGCGAGAUUACCGGGACGAUCUUGCAGGCGUUCAUGGAGCGUGCGGAUCGUAGUGACGGUGGCCUCGACGAGAAGUGGGGCCGGUUCAUGAGCUUGGGCCUUGGAUUGCUCUACCUUGGUCUGCAGGAGGCCUCCGAUGCCACCAUCGAGACAUUGAAGGCCAUCGAGCACCCGCUGGCGAAGACCGCGCAGGUCAUCGUGGACGCGUGCGCGUACGCCGGUACGGGCAAUGUGCUCAAGGUCCAGACGAUGUUGCAUCACUGCGACGAGCACAUCGUGAAGGAGAAGGAGAAGAAAGAGGACGAGGAGAAGAAGGAGGAAAAGAAGGACGAGGCAAAGGAGGGCGAGGAGGCGCCGAAGGAGCCGAAGGAUGACACCUUCCAGGCCUUCGCUGUCAUCGGUGUUGCAUUGAUUGCUAUGGGCGAGGAGAUUGGCGCUGAGAUGUCGCUCCGGCAAUUCAACCACCUGAUGCACUACGGCGAACCCGUCAUCAGGAGAUCAGUGCCCCUCGCCAUCGGCCUCGUCAGCACCUCCAACCCACAACUCCCCAUCCUCGACACGCUCUCCAAGUACAGCCAUGACAACGACCUGCAAGUCGCGCUCAACGCGAUCCUCGCCAUGGGCCUCGUCGGCGCAGGCACGAACAACGCGCGCCUCGCGCAGAUGCUGCGCCAGCUCGCGGGCUACUACUACAAGGAGCCCGACUGCCUGUUCAUGGUGCGCGUCGCGCAGGGCUUGGUGCAUAUGGGGAAGGGCACGAUCGGCUUGAACCCGUUCUUCAACGAUAGGAGUACGAUGCAUCGGCCGGCGGUGGCGGGUCUGUUGGCGACGUUGGUGGCGUUUACGGACGCGAAAGGAUUCAUCUUGGACAAGUACCACUGGAUGCUCUAUUUCCUCGUCACCGCCAUGUUCCCGAGGUUCUUGAUCACCCUCGACGAGAAGCUGGACCCGUUGCCAGUGACCGUCCGUGUUGGUCAGGCUGUGGACGUCGUCGGCCAAGCAGGCAAGCCGCGGACGAUCUCCGGAUUCCAGACGCACCAGACGCCAGUCCGGCUGGGCACGACGGAGCGUGCGGAGCUGGCGACGGAGGAGUUUUUCCCCUUCGCGCAUGUGUUGGAAGGGUUCGUUAUCUUGCAAAAGAACCCGGGGUGGGAGGAGGACAAGAUGGAAAUGUAGAUCACGACACUGUAUCGAUGCGGACAAUUCGACGCUCAUGUUUUUCUCGUUC